GAACAAGUCUAGUUCAUAAAAUGUACAAAGGAAUAAUUUGAAGGAAUAUUCACAAUUUACUCAGAUCUCGCGUGGGAUAAAUAUAAUACAUAAUAAUACAUACCAGGAGCAACUGUUUAUUCAAACAUGAAUCCAUGUGACGGCAUUUAUUUGACAUAUUAUGGGGUACUGACGUCAUCAAACUUAAGGUAACUGCAUAUAAUAAAUUGACACCCAUGAAAUAUUCAUUAGUGUACCUCGUAUAAAAGACGUUAGUGUGGUAAAUUCACCUCAUUCGCAAUCUAGUUUGCAUUGUCUUCGAUUAAAAUGAAGACUACUAUUGUGUUCAUCUUGACUGCCUUAACUUUGGUAGCCGCUUCGGAAGGACCACCAUUGGUUCUUUGCGGUAGAAGAUUGUCAGAAGCUCUAAAGUUUCUUUGUCCAAAACAGGAGGGCAAGAGGUCCAGAUGGGAUCACUUUUUAAAUGAACCAGGUCUGGCACGACCAGGCUUGGAACUACCAAAUUUUGCAGACAUGGGUGUACCCAGUGAACAAUGGGGAUGGUCAUGGAUGAUACCGCGAUCCCAAGCUCUGACGGACUCGAGAGGCAAACGAGGCGUCAUCGAUGAAUGUUGCUUUAAAUCUUGCUCCCGUGAAGAACUCCUAGCAUACUGUCCAAGAGUCUGAAGCUAUGUAACGGCCAAAAUGUUUAAUUAUUUUUGACAAUUUAAUCUAAUAUUGAGUAGCCAAACUAUGAGCACGUUAGUUAAAAGAUAAGUUAACCGAAUGUAGUAUAUUUUUUUAGGAAACAUAACUAUCAUAAAAAGAAUUGCAAUUGUAAUAUGGAG